AUGAACGAAAAUUUCAUCGCUGUUUAAAUUCUAUUGAGCACAGCAGGGGCGGCUAGUAUGUUUAGUUACAAGUGAAGUAACGAGUGCCUCGCAGUUUCUGCCACUUGCUCUGUUUUGCAUAGAAUAAACCGUACAUGAAUAAAUACAUAUGUACGCUUUUGGGUUCAAUUGUUACGCGCGGGAGCCUUGGCAGCAACACUGAGAUACAAUAAUGGCAUGCAGUCCUCAAUCCGGUAGCAGAGGCUACAUAUUAAACGGAGUAUUUUCAUUUUUCGUUGCAGUAACGUUGGGAAAAGGUUCAGUAGCUGAUAUCCUACAAUGUUAUAAGUGCUCCGUAACUAUAGAAAAAUACGUCGUAGAAAACCGAACAAUUACGACCCCCUUGUGCUCGAAAUUUGAGGAGAACGCCGGUUACACGACCCCCUGCCCAUACUCAACAAUGUGCUUGAAAACAAUUUCAAUUUUACACUUGCAGAAUGGUCAAAAGCAAGAAGCUGUGACAAGAGGAUGUGCCCAGCAAAAGAAUACCACUCAGAUAUUCCGCAAUAAACAGUGGGAACAAGAGCAUCUAGUCCAGGAAGUGUACGAUGAAGGAUGCACAGAAGUAAAGGACAAUCACUUGGCGGGAUCAGCAAAAGUACACUGUUACUGCCGCGGAGAACUAUGCAACAAAUCAAGUCUGCCUCGCAUUGACCCAAAUAUGGGGAUCCUGAUUGUUUUGCUUCAAGCCUUGUGGCUCAUGCAUUCUCCAAGUACCUAAUCCUGCCGAGUGAAAUUAUAAUCAAUAUAUUAAAAUGCUUUAUUGUGAUAAAUGAUUAAAUAUGCAAAUUUAACAUACGAGUAAAUGUUGCAUAGUUCGUUAAAGUACUCAGUAAAAUUGGUUCUAUUAAAUACUGUAUAAAAACGAA